GCUGGAGAAGACAGUGGAGCACAUUCAGGACCUGCUUUCUUACCGUGGCAUCGAGAAUUCCUGAAGAGAGCCGAAAUCGCAAUUCGCGCUAUUGAUCCGUCCUUAUCAAUACCUUAUUGGGAUUCGUCGCUUGACAGUCACCUACCAAAUCCACAAGAUUCCAUUUUGUGGACUCCGCUGUUUUUUGGUGCGACCGACAUGUACGGUGAUAUUAUGAACGGCCCAUUCGCUAGAUUCAACACCCUUGAAGGACACACGCACAUUCAACGAGAUCUUGCAAAAGACGGUCGUUUGCUAACGGAAGGCGCAAUAAAUGAUGUUCUCUCUCAAACAGCAAUUCACCAAGUACUCGCCUAUACUGCACCCGAAAGAGGAUGUCCGUACAGGACGAAUUUUCGAGCAUUAGAAUAUAUUCACGCGAGUGUGCAUUUAUGGAUUGGCGGCGAUAUGAAACCUCCGGUGACUUCAGCCAAUGAUCCCGUCUUUUAUUUUCAUCAUUCGUUUAUCGACUGUAUCUUUGAGUUAUGGCGACAACGACGGCAAAACAGAGGCAGUCGUGAAUCGCAAUUUCCUCAGAACGUUGCCCAGUGCUCAAGUAGGGAACACUUUUCAAAUGCGUUAAUGCGACCGUUCAACAAGUUCAACAUACAAGGCCUUUCGAAUGCUUAUACGGAUAACAUGUAUACGUAUGCGGAAAGACCAACGUGCUCGAAGGAGGGCGAUUGUGGAUCACCGUAUUUGUUUUGUUCGAGAAAUAAGCGAAGUAAUCAUUGGCGUUGCGUAUCGAAAAUACGAGUGAAUGGCAGAUGCAACGGCUUUGAAAAUGAGGAUGCGUGUUAUGAAGGUGUAUGCGUGAGGGGACUUUGUCGUGCCGGACUUUUCAGCAGGAAGGUAUUUCUGUUCACUUCAUUUGAUUUAAUGUGCACAUUCUGGGUAAGUAGUUGGAAGUAA